AUGAUUGAAUGCUCCGUAUUCGGAUAUUUGAUGGAGGUCGAUUGUAUCUGCAACCAUCUGAAGUUGCAUAAAAGAACAGACAAAACUGUUAGUGAAGCCGUUUAUUCUAAUGGGACAAAUGUGUUGCUUGUGUCUAAGGAGGAUGAUGGUAUUUACCUGUCAAGCAGAGGGCCACCCGACAGAAACAAGAACAGAAUGUCGUUCUGCUCAAGAGUACAGAAGUCAAGGAUUAGGACAUUAGACACUUUGAAGGAGUUUCUAUCUUCGUUUGGCUUUGAGCUGGUGAGGGAAGGGCAAGUUGAACUAACCACCUUUGAGAAAGGAGCAGGGCGCAUUGAAAUAUCCAGGUCCAUCUCUGAUGAGGGCAACAGCCAGGAAGUAGACACCGGCAGAUAUUGGCUAGUCAAGGUAUUUGUAACUUCAGAAAACACACAGAACGGAGAAAGAAUGUUAAGCAGGUUAAUCGAGGAGCUGGAAGACCAAGUCCAACUCAUCAAACCCUCAAUAAAGUGA